GACUGUGGCACUGCCUGACUGACUGGCCCCCCGAGUCCACGUCCACGUCCACGUCGAAGUGAAGUCCGAAAGUCCGUAAGUCCGUGUGUCCGCCUUCGCCCUCGGCGCGUGUUUUAGUACAAAGAAAAAUUAAAAAAGAGGCACUACAAGAAGCCUACUGGGAGCACACUUCACUGGCUGAGCAAUAGCGGAGAAACUUCAACUCCAAUCGAAUACAAAAACAUCCAGAGCCCACGUCUGGACGGGACACAUCUCCACAUACGCGCGUGGCCUUCGAUCGUUCGUUCCGUUCCGUUCCGCUUGUUGUAUCAUCCUGCUGCUGGCUGGUGGGUGCGUUUUUGUUUGAUUAGCCAGCCAGCUAGGUGGGGUGGCGAGACUGCUGCUAGCACCCAAUGUGGAGCAACUCAUGAUAGAAAAUCGCGCGAAUUUCGCUCUCCUCCGCCGUCGUCGUCUCCGUUUCCGUCUCCGUCUCCGUCUCCUUCGCCAGCUUCUUCCAGCCCCAAUUCUAUACUUCAAUCCAUACAUAAAUCUUAAACGCUCGGACCGACACACGGCAACCAAAAGGCCACACAUACCGCCACAUACGCGAAAACGACAAUAAUAAGUUACGGACCGACCAGGGGGCAGGAUGCGCCGCUUGAAUGAUUGACCGCCUUCAGAUUCGUCGCUUGGGUGCAGCUGCUAGAAACAAACGCGCAGGAGGAGGAGGAGGCGGUGCAGUGCAGGGCGUAGCAGCAGCAGCAGCCGGAGCAGGAGCAGGAACAGGAACAGGAACAGGAGGAGGAGCAGUUGCAGGUGCAUCUGGUGCAGCAGCAGCAGCAGCAGCAGGAGCUAGUGGCAGUGCUGGUGGCAGCGGCGGAGGAGGAAUCCCUACCAGCAGCAGCAGCGGCGGCGUUGGCGGCGGCAGCUUCCAUUCCCGAUCGCAUUCGGCUAGCGGCAUUAAUACGCCGGCAACGGCCAGCACCAGCUCUUCCAGCGGAAACAGCUUGACCCUCCAGCAGCAGCAACAGCAACAGCAACAGCAACAGCAGCAGCAUCCGCACGCAGCGCACGCUCAUCCUCCACAUUCCCAUCCGCACCACCAUCCACACCCGCAUCCACAUACACAUCCACACCAUCAACCGCAUCCACAUCCACAUCCCCUGCACUCCCAUCCCCACCAGCAUCCACAUACCCAUCCCCAUCCACAUCCACACCUGCGGCACACGCAGCAGGCGGCGACCGGCAGCCAGUUCACCUUCAAUCCCUCGCCCGGCAGCAGUCCUGGCAACGGACUGCCAGGAGCUCGCCAGGAUGCGGCCAGCGCGCUCAACAGUCCAACGACCAUUGUGAACUCGGGCAGCGGGAGCGGCGGCGGCAGCAGCACCCUCGCCUACGGGAUGCAGCAGCCGCUGCAGCAGCAGCAGCAGGCCGGCGGCUCAUCGACCACGGCGGCCCCAUCCACCACGGGGCUAGGCAGCAGCCAGGCCGCCAGCAGUGGGCACAAUAAUGGCGCCGGACUCGGUAUUGGUCUCGGUAUGGGGCCGGCCGCCGGAGGAGUCGGAGUCGUGGGCGGCGGCGGCGGCGGUGGCGGUGGGCUCAAUCUGCUCGGCGGCAUCGGUGGCCUUGGCGGCAUGGGUGUGGGCAUGGGCGGCAGUGCCGCCGCCGCCGGCCUGGGCAUCUGCGGUGGCAUUAGCAGCACCGUCGGCAGUGCGGCCAUUACGGGAGUGCCGCCCAUCGGCCUGGGCAUUGCGACCGGCAUUGGGAACAAGAUCAUGCUGGGACGCAAACAGAGCCUCAAGGGCGGCGAGCCCUUCCUGGCCGACUACGGGCCGGAGGAGUCACUUAAUGAGAGCGCCGACAUCGAGUGGGUCAACAAGCUGUGGGUGCGCCGCCUGAUGCGUCUCUGUGCCUUGGUCUCGCUGACCUCCGUAUCCCUAAACACGCCCAAAACCUUCGAGCGUUACCCGUCGCUGCAGUACAUCACAUUCGUCUCGGACACGGCCGUCACGCUGCUCUUCACCGCCGAAAUGAUAGCCAAAAUGCACAUAAGAGGUGUGCUCCAUGGUGAGGUGCCUUACCUGAAGGAUCAUUGGUGCCAGUUUGAUGCUUCCAUGGUGAGCUUUCUGUGGAUCUCCAUAAUACUGCAGAUCUUCGAGGUGCUCGAGAUAGUUCCCAAGUUUUCCUACCUCUCCAUUAUGCGUGCCCCAAGGCCACUGAUAAUGAUCCGCUUCCUGCGCGUCUUCCUUAAGUUUAGCAUGCCCAAGAGUCGUAUCAAUCAGAUAUUCAAACGAUCGAGCCAACAGAUAUAUAAUGUAACGCUAUUCUUCCUGUUCUUCAUGUCCCUCUACGGACUGCUGGGCGUGCAGUUCUUUGGCGAGCUGAAAAAUCACUGUGUGAUGAACAAUACCACAUAUGAUCUGCUGGGCAGACCAGUUUUGACCAUUAACUCGCUGGCCAUACCGGACACUUUUUGCUCUAUGGACCCAGACUCUGGGUAUCAGUGCUCGCCGGGUAUGCGCUGCAUGAAGAUGGACUUCCUUAGCAGCUAUGUGAUUGGCUUCAAUGGUUUCGAGGAUAUUGCCACAAGCAUCUUUACGGUGUACCAGGCUGCCUCGCAGGAAGGCUGGGUGUUUAUCAUGUACCGGGCCAUAGAUUCACUGCCGGCCUGGCGGGCUGCCUUUUACUUCAGCACAAUGAUCUUCUUCCUGGCGUGGCUGGUGAAGAACGUGUUCAUAGCUGUCAUCACGGAGACCUUCAACGAGAUACGUGUGCAAUUCCAGCAGAUGUGGGGCGCCCGCGGACACAUCCAGAAGACGGCCGCCUCGCAGAUCCUCAGCGGCAACGAUUCGGGCUGGCGGCUGGUCACCAUCGAUGAUAAUAAGCAUGGCGGACUGGCGCCCGAGACAUGCCAUGCCAUACUGCGAUCUCCGUACUUUCGCAUGCUGGUGAUGACUGUGAUCCUGGCCAAUGGCAUUGUGACGGCCACCAUGACGUUCAAGCACGAUGGGCGGCCGCGCUCGGUGUUCUAUGAGCGCUACUACUACAUCGAGCUGGUGUUCACCUGCCUGCUCGACCUGGAGACCCUCUUCAAGAUCUACUGCCUUGGCUGGCGGGGCUACUACAAGCAUUCGAUACACAAAUUCGAGCUGCUUCUCGCGGCGGGCACUACCCUGCACAUUGUGCCCAUGUUCUAUCCGUCCGGGCUCACAUAUUUCCAGGUGCUGCGCGUGGUGCGACUGAUCAAGGCCUCGCCGAUGCUGGAGGGUUUCGUCUACAAGAUCUUUGGACCGGGCAAGAAGCUCGGAUCUUUGAUUAUCUUCACCAUGUGCCUGCUGAUCAUAAGCUCGAGCAUUUCGAUGCAGCUGUUCUGCUUCCUGUGCGACUUCACCAAGUUCGAGUCGUUCCCGGAGGCAUUCAUGAGCAUGUUCCAGAUCCUCACCCAGGAGGCCUGGGUGGAGGUGAUGGACGAGACAAUGAUACGCACCAGCAAGACCCUCACGCCGCUGGUAGCCGUCUAUUUUAUACUCUACCAUCUGUUCGUCACCCUCAUUGUGCUCAGUCUGUUCGUGGCGGUCAUUUUGGAUAACUUGGAGCUGGACGAGGACAUCAAGAAGCUGAAGCAGCUCAAGUUUCGCGAGCAAAGCGCCGAAAUCAAAGAGACCCUGCCCUUUCGCCUGCGCAUAUUCGAAAAGUUCCCCGACUCGCCGCAAAUGACAAUUUUGCAUCGCAUACCCAAUGAUUUCAUGCUGCCCAAGGUACGGGAGAGUUUCAUGAAGCAUUUCGUGAUCGAGCUGGAGACGGAGGAUCCCUCACUGGUGGAGAGCUGCAAGCGACCCAUGUCCGAGUGCUGGGAAUCGAAUGUUGUCUUUCGCAAACAGAAGCCCGUGCGAAUUAUGAACAAAACGGCGAAGGUAAGGGCUGCUGGCAGCAGUCUACGCAAGCUGGCCAUUACGCAUAUCAUCAAUGACAGCAAUAAUCAACGCCUGAUGCUGGGCGACUCAGCCAUGCUGCCAGUGGUGGGUACCAAGGGCGGUGGUGGCCUCAAGUCGCAGGGCACCAUCACCCACUCGAAGCCAUGGCGUGUCGAUCAAAAGAAGUUCGGCUCACGUUCCAUACGGCGCAGCGUUCGCUCGGGCUCCAUCAAGCUGAAGCAGACGUACGAGCAUCUGAUGGAGAAUGGAGAUAUUGCGGCCGCCCCAAGGGCCAAUUCGGGACGGGCAAGGCCGCACGACUUGGACAUUAAGCUGCUGCAGGCGAAGCGCCAGCAGGCGGAGAUGCGACGAAAUCAGCGCGAGGAGGAUCUCAGGGAGAAUCAUCCGUUUUUCGACACGCCGCUCUUUCUGGUGCCGCGCGAGAGUCGCUUUCGCAAAAUAUGCCAGAAGAUUGUUCAUGCGCGUUACGAUGCGCGGCUAAAGGAUCCGCUGACGGGCAAGGAGCGCAAGGUUCAGUACAAAAGUUUGCAUAACUUUCUGGGCCUGGUGACGUACCUGGACUGGGUGAUGAUAUUCGCGACAACACUCUCCUGCAUCUCCAUGAUGUUUGAGACGCCCAACUACCGGCUGAUGGAUCAUCCAACGCUGCAGAUAGCCGAAUAUGGCUUCGUGAUCUUCAUGAGUUUUGAGCUGGCACUCAAGAUACUCGCCGAUGGAUUGUUCUUCACACCGAAGGCGUACAUCAAGGAUGUGGCAGCGGCCCUCGAUGUGUUCAUCUAUGUGGUGUCGACGUCGUUCCUGUGCUGGAUGCCACUCAAUAUACCCACCAAUUCGGCAGCACAGCUCCUCAUGAUCCUGCGCUGUGUGCGUCCCCUGCGGAUUUUCACCCUGGUGCCGCACAUGCGCAAGGUCGUCUACGAGCUGUGCCGCGGCUUCAAGGAGAUCCUGUUGGUAUCCACGCUGCUUAUCCUGCUCAUGUUCAUCUUCGCCAGCUAUGGGGUACAGCUAUAUGGCGGACGGCUGGCCCGUUGCAACGAUCCCACCAUACCGCGGCGUGAGGAUUGCGUUGGCGUUUUCAUGCGCAGGGUUUUCGUGACGAAAAUGAAGCUGACACCGGGUCCCGAUGAGUCCUAUCCGGCCAUGCUGGUGCCGCGGGUCUGGGCCAAUCCCCGGCGCUUCAAUUUCGACAAUAUCGGGGACGCCAUGCUGACGCUUUUCGAGGUUUUAUCCUUCAAGGGCUGGCUGGAUGUGCGCGAUGUACUCAUCAAGGCCGUGGGUCCGGUCCAUGCCGUUUACAUUCACAUCUACAUCUUCUUGGGGUGCAUGAUUGGCCUCACUCUGUUCGUGGGCGUGGUCAUUGCCAACUAUUCGGAGAACAAGGGCACUGCUCUGCUCACCGUCGACCAGCGACGUUGGUGUGACCUCAAGAAGCGACUGAAGAUUGCCCAGCCGCUGCAUCUGCCGCCGCGACCCGAUGGACGCAAGAUCCGUGCCUUCACCUAUGACAUCACGCAGCACAUAAUCUUCAAGCGGGUGAUUGCUGUGGUGGUGCUGAUCAAUAGCAUGCUGCUCUCCAUAACGUGGAUCAAGGGCGAGGUGCAUACGGAACGUCUGGUGAUCGUCAGUGCGGUAUUGACCUUUGUCUUUGUGGUUGAGGUGGUGAUGAAGAAUAUUGCCUUUACACCGCGCGGCUAUUGGCAAUCGAGGCGCAAUCGCUAUGACCUGCUCGUCACCGUGGCUGGCGUCAUUUGGAUUAUACUCCAGACGAUAUUGAGGAACGAUUUGUCAUACUUCUUUGGCUUCAUGGUGGUCAUCCUGCGUUUCUUCACCAUCACCGGCAAGCACACCACACUGAAGAUGCUCAUGUUGACCGUGGGCGUGUCUGUAUGCAAGUCCUUCUUCAUUAUUUUUGGCAUGUUUCUGCUGGUAUUCUUCUAUGCGCUGGCAGGGACCAUACUCUUUGGCACUGUCAAGUACGGCGAGGGCAUUGGCAGGCGGGCCAAUUUCGGAUCACCUGUUACCGGUGUGGCCAUGCUCUUUCGGAUUGUCACUGGCGAGGAUUGGAAUAAAAUCAUGCACGACUGCAUGGUCCAGCCGCCAUACUGUACGCUGGGCAACAACUAUUGGGAGACAGACUGUGGCAAUUUCACAGCCAGUUUGAUAUACUUUUGCACUUUCUACGUGAUCAUCACGUACAUUGUGCUCAAUCUUUUAGUGGCCAUUAUCAUGGAGAACUUUUCGCUGUUCUACUCCAAUGAGGAGGAUGCCCUGCUCUCGUAUGCGGAUAUACGCAAUUUUCAAAACACCUGGAACAUUGUGGACAUACAUCAGCGGGGCGUGAUACCCGUGCGGCGGGUAAAGUUCAUACUGCGCCUGCUCAAGGGCCGACUCGAGUGCGAUCCGCAGAAGGAUCGUCUGCUGUUCAAGUACAUGUGCUAUGAGCUGGACAAGCUGCACAAUGGCGAGGAUGUCACCUUUCACGAUGUCAUCAACAUGCUGAGCUAUCGCUCGGUGGACAUACGCAAGGCUCUGCAACUGGAGGAGCUGUUGGCGCGUGAGGAGUUCGAGUACCUGGUGGAGGAGGAGGUGGCCAAGAUGACCAUACGCACCUGGCUGGAGGGUUGCCUGAAAAAGAUUCGGGCCCAAAACGCCAGCAAGCAACAAAACUCCCUGAUUGCUGGACUGAGGGCCACCAAUGAGCAGCCUGUGAUGCGGCCAAAUGUGCAGGAGGAUAAGGCGCCGAUUGGGGCGGCGGAUAAGUCAGCCAUCAGCACCAUUAGCGGUGCAGUGGCGGGCACCUGUCCGCCAACCAGCGAUGCCUUCUCGCCCACCUUUAGCUCGACGGAAAACGAGGAGAAGGAUGGCAGCAGUAGUGCCGUGGCGCUGCCACACUCUGAGCCAAUUGCUGCGGUUACCACAGUGCCGUCGGCCGCACGUCAUGUGAUGGCUGUGGGCAAACGGGCCUAUGCCCUCAAUCGUUCCGACUCGACGGGCAGCUCGGCGGGCCGCAAGUUCCUGGCGCCCACCUCCAGUGAUCCGCAGCAGCGCUCAACGCUGAGCGACAAGGAGAGGCUGCAUAUAAGCAGCCAGCAACGUAAGAAGAACUCGAUGACCACACUGCCGCAUGCGGGCCAGCUGGGGCAGCUUGGGGGCAAGCAACGGGGGCUGGGAGGCGACUCGGCCAGCAAGUCGGCCAGCUUCUUUGCCCAGCUGAACAGCGAGAUUGGCCAGUUCCACUAUCCGACAAUAAACGCUGCAGCCGCCUACGGCCAUGGUCUGGAUCAGCACCAGCAUCAUCAUCCGCACCAUCAUCAGCAGCAGCAGCACCCACAUUCGCAUCAGCAUCAUGGCGGGGCCGGUGGUGGUGGUGCCAUCGGCAGUCCCUCGGCAAUGAUGAGCCAGAUGAUCGGCGGCAGUGGGGGAAAGCUGCUGCCAUUCAACAAUCAGGCGAAUGCCGUCUACGAGGUGCACGACUGGUGGCAGGAGCAGGUACUCUGCACCCAAACCAGCGACGACGAGAUCUAGCCCAAAGCCGUGGCCACAGAUCACAGCUGGAUUAGUUCGUGCAGUCCAAUCGGAGCCUAUUAACAUUAUAAACUAGUGGCCUAGAGUUUUAUAUACAUAACAAAAAUGCCUAAGUGUGUAAUGUAAAAUGUACAUGUAAGAGUAUCCGAGGCCUGAGAACGGUUAACACUUACCAUUAAUUACGAUUACUAUAUAUAGCUGAUAGCGGAUAGAGGAUAGAGGGUAGUGGAUAGCAGAUAGCGGAAAGCAGAUAGAGAGGAUAUGUAUAUGACGGAACAAAAAUUACGAAAAAACACACAAUUAGUUUCUAUAAUUCUGUUGUUGUUUGUGCGCUAGAAUGGAUCAGUCUUUGUUAUAGCUAAAAUAUAUACAAAGAGAUAUACAACAUAUACAUACAUAUAUGUAUAUAGUAUAUAUAUUAUACUUAUAUAUAUACAAUAUAUGCGCAAAAAGGAAGCCAAGUGCGAGGUACAGUGCAAAUUUAUAUAGCGAUCGAACGAGCGAGCGAGCGAAGGCAUAGAAUUUCGUCAACUAGCCAGCAAAACAAUUCACUAAAACUAAAACUCUUAUAUGGAAAAUUGUCAGAGAGAGCAACCCCCUCCCCCUCCCCUUAUUCCAACGAUGCCAAUAUUUAUAAUAAAAACAAAUACUAGUUUCUAAAUAGACAAACAAAACGUGCACGCUCGAAAGGGUGAAGACACCAACAAAACAAAAAACAAAAAACAAAAAAAGAACAGAAGUGAACCGACUAAAAACGAAAAAAACAAACAAAAUUAGUUAUGCGAUUUAUAUUACACAUAGCCUCAUAAUACCUCAUAGCAAAACCGGGUGGCAGGCACUUGCUGCACCCCAUACAAAUACAAAUUACAAAUAUACAUACAUACAAUAAUAUAAUGUUCAGAGCAGCAGCUGUUACAGGGUAACAGAGCUGUUAACAGCCUGUUAGCGUUCCCCUUUACAACUAACCCUGCGUUAACAGCCAGCUGCAGCGCUCGCUUACAGCUCUGCGUCAACAGCCAGUUACACCGAAAAUAGUAUAGACGCCACAUGUUAAUAAAAUUAGUGUUUGCUCGAAAGCAUACAUACAUAUGUAUAUACAGAAUAGAUAUAUGUUGUCCCCUCAGUUGUACAGCCCUCUCUCUGUACCAGGGUGGGGCUGUUAUCUUACCUCAGACCCUAUUUUGCUGCAAACGUAACACCAAAGAUCGUAAGCAUUAUAGAUCAUGUACGAGAUAUAUACAUACAUACAUAGCUGCCAUAGGAAUACCAUACACCAGAAUCGGAUUGGGAUGAUUGGAAGAUACGAUUUUUAAAUGAGAAUAACUUUUUAGUUAUUUCAAAUGAAAGCGGAAAGUAAAGUAAUUCAAUCAAAGUUUACAAGUUGUAGAACCCAAAACAAAGUGUAACUCGUAAAGCGUAAAAAUCAGAUAAAUCAAAACUGUGGGUUCCAGUGUUGUACGGAGUCCUAUAUAGAAUCUAUCUAUUCAGAUAAGAACGAUAAGGAUAGUAACUGCCACGAAGUGUAAGCCUUCAUUAAUUACUUUAAAUUGAAUUCGCAACGCACAAAUGUUUGCAAUAAUUGAAAAAA